AUGGGAGUGUUGAGUUUGUUUGUACAAGAACAACGAGAGCCAAGGUUGAAUCUCUUCCUUCAUUCUCAUCACGAAUUAUCACAAAAUCAAGCCAUCACCAUAUCAGAUCACUUCGCCAAACAAAUCGCGACCAACACAUCAGCAAGAGGAGAGGUGUUUAUUGCCAAAAAAUUUAGAGCUGUUUUUAUCUUGCUAAACGAAGUUUAUGUCGUCACUGUUUGUCAUAAAUCCGAUUAUCCUUAUGAUGCUCUAAGAUGUGCCAAUAAUGCUAAAUUACUGAUGUUUGAAGCCUGUAAAGGAGUCGAAGUGACAGUUGUGAACUUGUACAAAAAGUUUGGACAAAUUAUGCUUGCACUUGAAGAGCUAAUUAAUGAAACAAACACAUUUAAACCACCAUCAACAAGUAUAGAAAUGGUUGGAAAAACAAAAUUGGGAGAGGCUCACCAUGUGUCUUCUCAGUAUAAUGGUUCAACAUCUCAAGCAAAAGCAAACUCAGUGAGUACAGCAGUACCACCUGUGGAUGCUUCACAAAAGAAAGCUAGAAGAGGCACUAUUCGCCAAAUGGAAAAGCUCAUUUCUUAUACAGCUGAUGAAAUGUGGAAAGAAAAGCAAAAACAAAUGGAAGUUCAUCAAAAAAGAUUUCAAAUUUUAGACAAAUUCAAAUCACCAAUUCUAACGGCAAAUAAUUUUCAAAAUGGAGAACAAAAUGGCGAGCAUCACAAAGAUGAACAAGCCUCUAUACUUCCAGACCCUUCAGAUAUUGUUAAUUUUCAAUUUGGUUACGAUUUUACUGCUCCUGAUGAAGAAGAUGCAUUGCCAAGCUUUAAUCAUAGAAGGGCCAAGUCUACCAAUUCAUCAGGGUCUGAGACUAAUGGAAUUUCUAGCUUUAGAAAACGCCAAAUGGAACACAUCACCAUGGGACAACAAGUAUUUCCACUUAGUGACGAAGAAUGGCAUUCACUACAAGCACCAACUCUUCCUGAAAACUUAAAACCAAUAUUUAUACCUCCAGCAAACAAUGUUACAACGAAAUUGCCUCCUCUUCCACCUUCUCUCAUUCCCUUACAACCUCAACCUCUUCGUCCACAACCUGCAAAAACCAAUACUGCAUUCGAUCGUGGUGAUAGCAAGCUCAUUAGUUUCGAACCUUUUGAUUUGCAUGGAAGUAGUGCAAGUAGCAGAGUUGAAGGAGAUGAUACUGAAGUUGACAUGUCAGACGAAGAUGUAACAUUUAGAUCCGACAAGAUGACAGAUAGCACAAACGUUGUUGACUCUGUUUAUGAGUAUAAUCCUCCAAAAUUCAAUACCCAUGGCUCUUCUUCGAACGUCCUAUUCCCAACACAACCUUUGCAGCCAAUGCAACCAUUACAGCCCUUACAACCCUUACAGCCAACGAAAAUUACUCAGCCAACCAACAAUGCUUUAUCAAGCAACUUUUUGGACGAUGUUUUUGGCCCUAUGACUUCCACAAAUACUGCGAACACUGCUCCAUCUCAAAAUGCUACUUCACUUUUGUUGGGUAAUAUUUUGAAACCUGCAAGCACAACUGGUAAUAAUGAUACUUUUGUCUCUUCACCACCACCAAACGUUAUCAACGUAUGGGAAAAUGGAGCUGUGCCUCCAGUGCCUCCUGUGACAUCUACGCCCCUUAAUAGUCAACCAAUUCGAAAACCAGUAGACAAUAAGGUUGUUACUACAAAUAAUAACACAGUCAACAUGGACAACAAAGAGAGUAAUUUAUUGCAAGAGAUUCAAAACAAGCAACUUAACCCAGUUCCUAAAAUGCCAGUAUUUGAUCCAAACGAACUCAAGAAGAGUAUUGAACAAUCCCAGCAAAAAAGAGCCGCCGUUCUUCCUUUCAAGGUAGUUGUCACCGAGACCGUCGUGAAGAACAUGAGUGGGCUAACAGAGGAAGAAUAUAAUUUCUUGGGCCAAAUCGAGCUCAUACUAUUCAAUCACGAAAGCUAUCGAGAAAGUGAUAGUUAUAAUUUUGUGCUUUCUCUAGUGAAUGAUCAAUUUAACAACUCUGAAAAUUUCACAAAAAUUGCCAAAAUAGUUUGCAAUCCAAAACUUGCUAAAGAAGUAACAGAUGCAGAAAAUGUCACAAAACACGCCUUUGAAUGCAAUAUUACAGGACAAGAAAUUAACCCAAAAACACAAAGCGCAAUAUUGCUAAAGUAUAAGCUGAAAGAUCACCUUAAUCUUGUACCUUUUAAACUCAGGCCACUCUAUUUCAUGGUCACCAAAGACAAUCAAACCAUGCUAACAGUUACCAUUGACUACAUUGUGAACCCUGCCACACCACUAGACAAACUUUCCUUCCUUAUUCGUGUUGCACCUGCUCUUGAACAAAUAACUCUCAAAUCUCAAUCAAAACCAGAAGGUCGUUGGAAUGCAACUAGGCAAGAGCUUCUUGUAAAUGUUGAUCAACCAGGACCUAAGGGGUCGGUCAUGGCCAAAUUCCUGCUCAACAAAGCUGUCACAGAUAUUGGAGAAUUACAAACAGAAUUCUUGUGUAAAUUCAAUGCAAAGGGACUACUUGGAGGUUUUACUGUGGAAGGAGGUGAAAGCAAACGAAGUAUUCACAACACUGUCUUCCUUGGAGGAUCUGAAUAUAACAUUACGACGCCAUCAUGGAAGUAUAAGCUUACUUCAGAAAAUUUAAAUCCUCAAUUUGCAAGCAAUAAAUAA